GUUGGGUUUUAUGCAGAAUUAGUGUCUUUUCCCUUCUUCCGUUGAAAUCAAAAGCAGACAUGGAAACUUGACAGAGUAAGAAAAUCGAAUCGACGAUGGCCGUCACAGAAGACGAAGCCGCAGCUUCAGGAGCAGGUGCUGCUCAACGUCAAAAUCCCAUUCCCAACAGUAACCCAAAUCAAAAUCCAAAUACAAAUCCAAAUCCAAAUUCCAAUGAAAACCCUAACCCUAACCCGCCUCAUACCACUAAAGGAUCCAAAGGAAAAUCGUGCAAGGGAUGCACCUAUUACACAUCGCUUCAUAAAAUCAAAUCCAAAAACCCCACAUGCGUCGGCUUCUCCAGAACACUCCAGCAAGUACCCCCUUUUGUUGUGGGAGAAGCUGAGAUGGAAGCUUCGAAAGAGGGCCGCAGUCUUACAAAUUUCAAGUAUGCCUGUAUUGGAUACUCUGUGUACUUAGACAACAAAGAUUCUUCAGCUGACUUGCAAGAUAAAACGGCAAAAUUGCCCUUUUGUGUUGGUCUAGAGGUUGUCUUAGAAGAGAAAGCUUCAAAUCCCUCUGUUGGCCAUGUUCCUGCUACUCAUAAAACUGAAGAUGAACAUGCUACUCCUCAACCUCGAAGAUACACCCCUUCAAAUCGUACAACCGAGUUCUUGAACAGGUUUCAAAGAAAUGCAGGCCUGGUGGUAUCCGGUGUCGCCAAAGACUUGAACAGAGUGGGUAACUUCGUGAAAGAUCUCCUAAAUGACAUUCUAAACUAAUUCUACAAUACAUCUUGCAUGUUUCGUAAAUCCAUGCUCUCUUAAGACGAUUUUAGAAUUCGAUCAUCACCCCUGAUCUGCAAGGUGCAUUAUAGAACUACUUCGACAUUCUAUCUAGGCGAACGAAGGUGACAGUUGUCUUAAUUCGUGUCGGAAAUAAAUUCAAUUUUGCAUACUUGACAUUUUUCUUUAUCUUUGGUCAAUGUUUUUUAUACAGGUAAUAUAAAUAAUAUUUAAACAAUGACCACAUUCUGACUUUAGUUAAAAUA